UUUAAGGAAGGUUGUCGUGUAAAUCCAUCACAAGUUAAUUUUUUGGACUACACGUACUGUCGAACGUUUCAGUUAACUUUUUAAAUCAAGUUCUUACAUUCUUUGUUGGAAUAGUGCAUUAAAUAUGGAAUUCAAACAUAACUUAAAUGACAUAUUCCAAAAUCAUAUUUCCAAAGUAUCUAACACGCUGCUACCGGCGGAUUUCAAUGGUGACAGAAAAAGAGCUUCACAUGUGGCAAAUCAAGUGGCGGAAAUAGUAGACUGCAUGGGACAGGCCUCGUCCAAAGCACAAGGCCUACAUCAUCCCAUCACCAGUGCCGAGAAAUUGAGAAACUGCGAUCACACAUUCUAUAUCAUGAUUGAUCCGAGGGAAAACCAUGGGAAAGGAAGCGUUGUUGGUAUUCUGAAGAUGGGAAUGAAGCAUUUGUCCCUGUGUGAUGACGCAACUGGCAUGGUCCAUGAGAAGGAGACGUUGUGCGUACUUGAUUUCUAUAUCCAUGAAUCAAAGCAGAGGACUGGAGCGGGAAGGAAAAUGUUUGACUACAUGUUGGAGGACAAAGACACUGUGCCUUAUAAACUAGCGAUUGACAAACCAACUCAAAGCUUCUUGUCCUUCAUGAACAAGCACUACAAGUUAUCAAAGAUUCACCCUCAGAACAACAACUUUGUCCUGUUUGAAGGAUUCUUUGAUAAAAAAAGUGAUGGCAGUUCCUCUCAAGAACCACUAGAAUACUCGUAUAGAUCUGAGAAGUCCAAGCAUGAGCAGGAGGUUCGCGACAACACUCAAUCUGUAUCUGACAGGCGUGAACGGGAAGACUACUUGCCCCACCUGCAUGGCCGGCACGCUGCCUACAAACUUCCUGACACUAUGGGAGACAGAAUAACCAAGCUUACUCCAUCCAACGUGAACCACUGCUCUCUGGUAGAUCGAGCAUUCCUGUAUCGUUUAUUUAUUUUAACGAUAUUACAUUUUCACUUUGUAAAUAGCAGUUUUUUACUUACUUUUAAGUUAAAAGGAAUUGGUGCGGUUAAUUAUAUUUAUGCACCAUUAGGAGUAGUUAGUUUGCAAAUUUUGGAUAGCAUACUCAUAAUUUCAUUUGAUUAAUGAAGAUAGUUUCAGUUUCUUCAUUCAAGAGAGUAAUCAACAACAAACAUUUUUAGUUUUUUCAUUGGAGUCUAGAGUAGGCAAUGGUUCACUAUAAACUAUGUUACUUAGCCUAUAUUAACGUAUAUUUAACGAUUUGAUUAAUUUCAUUUGGUUUCUCUCUUUUUUAUCUGUACAGGUUAAUAUUUGUACGCAUAGUUUAAGGCAUUGAGACAAAGUAUUCCUUGAGAUUAUUUUUUAAUGUGUUUAACUAUUUUUUAUUUUUGCCUCGCUAUUCUUUAUGUUUUUGUAAAAUUUCUAGGUUUAACUUUGAGUCUGAGCAUUUUGCUGAGUUCAAAAAUCUAUUUUAAGUCAUUAGUAAAUGUCUGUAAAAUCAGCUUAAGUAUGCCCUUAAACAAUGCAAACAUACCAUUUUAUCUAUAACCUUUUACUAUAAUACAACUAGACAUUCCAUCCCCAUGUUGUGGCCAGUUUAAAAAAGUCAAUAUAGUCAUCGUUAUUGAUGCAAGCCACAAACAGAUUGUGCUGAUGAAAAUACUAAUUUCUGUCAAAUGUACCAACUUUUUCACAAGUCAAAUUGAUGAAACGGCAUAAUUGUGAGCUAAAGCAACGCUGUUAAGACUCAUCAACUAUGUCAGAAACAAGAAAUAAGGUAGAAAAUAGAAUUUUUUACACUAACGCAUUCUGUGACUGGCUCACACAACUUAAAAAAACAGCGACAGCUGGUCUAUAUAGAUGGGAUGUCUACUUCAGUAUCCAAUAGUAAAUGCUAUAACUUAAGAGUCAGCAGGACCGCCAGCCAUCUUGGAUUGUCUGCCUAUAAAGGCAUUGUUAAUGGUUGAAGCAUAUUACGUAGCAAAUAUCUAAUUUUAAAGCUAUUGAAGCGGCGGAUGUGAUUUGCUAUCUACUUUUAAAUUUUAAUUGUUAUUAUUUUGUCAAAGUACACAAAUGUGUUAACUUACACCAGGUUUUUUUUCAACCUCUAAAACAAAAGUUUAAAAAAUCUGAAAAGCAAUUAACACGAAAAAUAUAUUUAAGAAUCACAUAAAAUUUUCUGCUUGGUAAUCAAGCUUACGGUGCAUGAUUAAUAUGCUUCAACGUGAACGCAUGUUUUUGCUGAUCGGGGCUCGGACAACCGCUGUUUUGCACUACCGCCGCGCAUAAUAGUACUGCAGCUGCGAGUUACCACAGGCUUUGGAGCGCUGUAGUCAACAGAGAUAAAAUUAUUGACUCCUGCUGACUCUUAAAGAAUAUUUUGUGAUUUUCAAAUAACGUUUUACAUCAAGCUGUGUUACAGUAUUUGAUUCUGAUGUUAAUUGAUACAGGAUUUACAUCUUUCCUUUGGUUUAUACCAGUUGGUAUAGAAACAAAGCUGUAAACAAUUUAUUCCCGCAUAUUGUUGUUUUGUAAUAACCAUUGUUACGUUGAAAUUAAAUGUAUAAUGUUUCAAUUUACAUAGUUUAUUGUAAUUUAUAUAUUUGUUGAUUUGCUUAAAUGGUUAUUGUUGGUAUGUUUUUUCAAGUAUAGGGAUCUGAUUUUUACAGGCAUCUAGUAGAAAUAAGCAAACUUUUUUAGGUUAGUCUCUUUUCUUUGUUGUAAUGUGGAAAAUAAUUUAAAUAAAA